CAUCUGGCCCAAGUUUACCCAACUUGAAAUCGGACACUUCCGGUUCCAUCCGCUGCAAACGUGGAAGAUGGCGAGCCCACGGUCACAACAUGUCCUCAGACCCUCCGUCCUGGCCUUCCUCCUGUUGCUUGUAGGUUCCUCCAUGGCAGGGGAGAUCAAGUGGGACUCGGAGCGGCUAAAGAAGAUGGCAAGCGGCGCGAAGGUCCAGACCCUGAAAAUGCCGAGGCGUUGCGACCGGCGCGUCGGUGCCCACGAUAAAGUCGUCUUUCACUACAACAGGAUGAUGUCUACCGGGGAGAAGAUAGACUCAAGCCGUGACAGGGGAGAACCAAUGUCGUUCGUGGUGGGGUGGGGGAAGGCGUCCAAGGAAUGGGAAGACGCCGUGAACAACAUGUGCAUAGGAGAAGUCAGACAGGUAGAGAUGCCUGGAGAAGAUGGAAUGAAAACUAUAGUAGAGGUGGACCUGAUCGACAUUGAGGCUCCGCCGCCAGUUCCUAAUGUCUUCAAAAUCAUCGACAAGAACAACGACAAUCAGCUGACCAAGGAAGAGGUCACAUCUUACCUGACAGGCAGGAUGGGGCUGGAGAAAGCUGAGGAAAAAGACUUUAUCAAAAAAGUCUUCAAGGAAGAAGACAAGGACAAUAAUGGUGUCAUCACUGUGGAGGAGUUUUCUGGUCCCAAACAGUCGCAUACAGAGUUAUAACAAAGGGCUUGUGUCUAUGGACUAUCGUAUCUAAAACUAUCUGACAAUUUCUGUGAUAUUAGAAACACUUACUUGUGUUAUCCUGAAUAUUUUGUGGUAAAUACCUGUGUUGUGUGUCUUUAGGUAUACAUAUGUAUGUACGAGUAGUCUCAUUCAAUGGUAUGCAUGAUUUGUCCAGAAAAUCACCCUAAAAGUUCUUGAACAGAAGAGAACAUAGCUGAUGUUUUGAUGUAGGAGUGGGUGCAAUAUGAAGUCUGUGUAAUGCAGAGGUAAUCAUCUAAACGGGCUACCAUUACAAUGUACCGCACAUGAACAUUUUUAAAGCUAUAUACAUGUGUAAAAAUAUGUCCAGUUUGCAUGGAACAUAGUAAAUUGUGGACGUCCAUUUAUCUUGGUGCUACAAUGUAUUAGUAAAAUUCCAGAAAACAGUUACUCAAGCAACUGGAUAGAUUUCAAAAUCUAUCCAUUUUUUUCUACAGUAAUCGUUUUCUUGUGUAUCUCAUAAUAUGGAUGUCUAACCUUCAUCGACAGAUACUAUAGAUAAAUGAUAUAAACAACGUGCCAAUAUUUCUAAUGAUUGAUUGUGGGUUUGGUGCAAUUCAUCUCUCAAUGCAGUACCAAUGUGAUGUGCAGUGCCAAUGUGAUGUAAACUUUGUCAGUGUGUAUAAUCAGUAACAAGAAAUACUUGUCACUCUCAGGGCACUCAAGAAUUAACCUCCAUACAGAGCUAACCAAUUUUCAAGCCAUAUAUGUAGUACAUGUAUUUGGUUGAAUCAGUAGCAAGUUUAUUUUUGUAAGUCUGAAUAAACUGCUUUUGUAUUAAA